AUGCUCUCUAAGCAAGAGUUCUCAUAUGCAAUAAAGGGAAAAAGAGAUACAAUCGUAGAUGGAGUCGGGGACGAGGAGAGUGGCUCUCUUCUAUUGGGCAUUGCCUUCCCCCUAUUAUUGUCGCUAUUAGAUGCUCAUUUUGUUUCCAACGCCAUCAGUGGACAAUCCAAAUUUUCUCUCACUCUCUCACAGCCAUCCAACAAAAUCCGGAACCCAAAAAGUGGGAGAGUAGCCAUGGACAUCGUAAAUCUCUCAAUCUCAAGACCUCCAUCUUCUCUCCCCUUCUUCUCUUCUUCCCAUUCCACUUUCCUCCACAAUAACCUCUCAUUCAACUUCAGAACCCAUAAUUCUUUGGCUUUAUCAAGCAGAUGCAGACCUGGAAUAGCUAUCAAGAAGAAGGGUUUCACUUGUAAUGCUUUCUUUGGUCUUGGAGUGCCAGAGCUAGUUGUCAUUGUUGGAGUGGCUGCUCUGGUCUUCGGACCCAAGAAAUUGCCUGAAGUUGGGAGGUCUAUCGGAAAGACUGUCAAGAGCUUUCAACAGGCUGCAAAAGAGUUUGAGACGGAACUUAAAAAGGAUCCCGAUUCUGCAACGGAAUCUGCUGGAGAGAAAACUACAGCAAUAAGUGAAGAGAAGAAAGAAGGCACAGAAGUUCCAAGCUCCAAGGAGAGUGUAUGAGUUCGUAGUUGUAGAAAUAUGAUUUAGUUGGUAUCACAUCUCUAAUCGUAUCUCUUGUAUCUAAGGUUAGAACUAGUAGAUCAAUUUCAAUGUGUAUCUGCUGCACAUGAGAAUUUGUGUUGUGGAAUAGCAAGGCCUCUUGCCUCCGUAUUAUACAGUCUUUUUGAGAGUUUUAAAGAUACGAAUUCUGCUAACUCCAAUCAA